AGCUCGUUCCCCAACGGAAAGUUCGGCUCCGGCGGCCUCUCGCCCUGCAGCCGGGGAUGAGCCAGGGUCGCGGGGCGCGCUGAGCGUUGGCCAGGAGGGGGCAACUUCUCCCGGGGAGGCGCCUCCCGCCCAGCCCCGCCGGCCGCAGCCCCCGGGCGGGCUCCAGUGGUUUUUCCCUUGCCUGUGCCUCCCCCCUGCGGAUCCAAGAGACGGACCUUGGUCCCCGCGCUCCCGCUGCCGGGUGACAAGAGCCAGCGCCGCCGCCGCCGCCGCCUCGGCCGCCGCUCCCUCCGUCCCUCCCUCCGACCCUCCACGCUGGCCGCAGCCCCUGCGCUGCCUGCUCGCGGCACCAUGGAGUUCUCGGAGAGGAAGAGGAGCAGGAAAUCCCAGAGCUUCAAACUGGUGAGCCGAGAUUAUCACCACGAAGUAUAUAAGGUCUCAGAAUUCAGCAGCGAUGUUAAUGGGGAGGCCAAAGAGACACAACCCAUUUUUUUAGGAGAUGAAAGCAUGGAAAUUAAAAAACAAAUUACAGGAAUGAGAAGAUUACUGAAUGACAGCACUGGGAGGACGUAUCAGCGUGUGGGCAAGGAGGGGGAGAAGCUGAAAGAAGAACCCCAGGAUUUGGGUUCAGUCUGGCCCCCGCGCCUGAACUCCGCCGAGGCCCCGCAGAGCCUCCACCCGCCUUCCCGUGGUGCCUGGAAUGAGUUACCGCCCCAGAGCGGGCACUUCUCAGGGCAGUAUGGCACCCGCUCUAGAACCUUCCAGAGCCAGCCCCACGCUGCAGGGAGCGCCAACGGAGAACUUCCAGCCAUGAAUCCGUCAGUGGGGCCGAGCUGCUGCACUUGUAACUGCCAGUCGACGUUGCAGGCCAUUCUCCAGGAGCUCAAGACCAUGCGCAAGUUAAUGCAGAUCCAGGCAGUUGGAACCCAAAACCGACAACAACCCCCAAUUUCCCUUAUCUGCUCCCAGCGAACUGCUGUCUCACGCAAGAGAAAUAAAAAGAAAAAAGUGGCCCCCAAGACCGCUGAACCUCUCACUGUGAAACAGAAGCCCGGUGUGUUAGAAUCCGAGAAGAAGACGGCAGUGGCCCCCGAGAAUCCCAGUCUCCCCGCAACCGAGCACACGCCCUCCGGGGAGAACCACAUCCUAGGGUUCGGCAUCAUUGUCGAAUCACCUUCCUCCGAUCCAGAAGUGCAGCUUGCUGAAGGCUUCGACGUGUUCAUGCCUAAAUCUCAGCUGGACUCAAUAUUGUCAAACUACACUCGCUCAGGGAGCCUUCUGUUUAGAAAACUGGUGUGUGCGUUUUUUGAUGACAAGACUUUGGCUAACUCCUUACCCAAUGGGAAGAGGAAAAGAGGACUCAAUGACAACCGGAAAGGACUAGACCAAAAUAUUGUGGGUGCAAUAAAAGUCUUCACAGAAAAAUACUGCACUGCUAAUCACGUGGACAAACUGCCUGGCCCGAGAGACUGGGUACAGAUUCUACAGGAUCAAAUCAAACUGGCUAGAAGAAGGUUAAAAAGAGGCUCAGCAGAGGCAGCUGACGGUGAUGAAAGGCUGGAUGGCGUUUCUCUACCACCAACAGGUUGCUAUGAGACACUGAAUAUAGUUCCCUGUGCUGUACAGUAGGACCUUGCUGCUUAUCUAUUUAUAGUAGUUACUACCCACAAAUCUCCAUCUCCCAAUUUAUCUCUUCCCACCAUACAACUUAAUAACAACAACAAAAAAAAACAACCCAAUCCAAAAAUGGGCAGAAGACCUGAACAAACAAUUCUCCAGUGAAGACAUGUGCCAUCCUGAUGCAUCUGGCUGAAGUCUGGAGCGGUAACUGGAGGGCGCAAGCCUAAAGCAAGGAGUCCCACUCAGAAGCGGUGGGAGCAGCCAGGGAUGGAGGAAGAGGACCCAAGUGGCCAGAGCCCUACACGUCAAGCACAGAGGAAGGCCAGUAGGAUGCGGUGGUGCACUCGCUUGGGGUCGGGGAGGGACUGCAGCUUUCGGGAGGAGGAAGGAGGUGCCAAGGCGGACACCCAGGACUCUGGCUGCGAAAACGUGGUUACCAUGUGCGGUCACAAAUCCUGGGAACACAGUGGGAACGACAACUUCGAGAAAGAUGACAGACAAGUUCAGGUGCAGAUGGCACUCUGUUCCUUCAUUCAGCAAGUGUUCAUGGAACACUUAGGGUCUGCCUGAUACUGUUCUGGGGGCUGGGAGCAAGCAGAGAGCCCCGGGAGACACCAGCAUCUAAGGCUCUUUGUGUCCUUGAACUAGAGGAGGGAACCUAAACUUGGUAGCUUUGUCCUAAGCUACAGUCGAUCCAGAUUUGAAACCCCAUCCCCAUUCCACAUAAUGCAAGUCUCCACUAAACCAUGUCAUCACAGAAGGGUCUGUGACUGUUGGCUCACAGGGGCCACCAGGCUCCCUCAAGUCCCAGUCUUUUGGUCCCUUGGUGUCACUUACCACGCUCUGAAACUGUCUUGCUUAUUUCUGUGUUUAUUACCCAUUUUUCCUGAGGAAUCUAAGCAUCGUGAUGUCAGAAAUCUUAUCUUUAAGGCCACUUAGAUUUCAGUCCUUAAGGAAAACAUUCUUAAGACACCCCUCCCCCACUCCCCGUCCUCCCCAGAAGGAGUGGCUGAGGACAGACACCACCCUCUCCCUCUCUUGUGUCCUGUAGUCUUAGAUUGCAUGGGCUUCCUCCGUCCCUAUGUCCACACUCUUCAUAAAUGGUGGCAAAACUGUCAGUAAAUCUGCCAGAGGGAUACUGGGUGCUCUUCAUGAGACUCUGUAACUCUAAUGAUUCAGAGCAAUGCUUUGAAUUUACACAAACCAACUUCUUUUGCAUUUUGUAACCUCUAAAAGCAUGAUAUUGAUCAUUCCCCCCAAAAUACAUAUUAUGUACAUGUGUUUAUUAUUUACUUCCUUUUUGUUAUCAGUGAAAUUAAAAGAAUGUAAAAGAGUCAUAUGGAAAAUCCGAGAACAACCUAGAGAUGGAACCCAGGGGGCAUAAUCCACAGUGUGCAGUGCUUUACACAUGCUGAUGUUCCAAAAAGUCCUGAUACUUAAGGGCCUUUUAAAUUAUGUUUUACCUUUCUUUUUUGGCCACUUUUUUAUUUGUUAAUACUGAGAAAUUGAAGGCAAUUUUAAACCUAAAUGCUGAGACUAAGCCACUUCAGCUAAUUCCUUUGAAAUACUUUGCAAAAAUGAAACCAAUGCAGGUGUGUUAACCAGAGGAGCUGGUCAACCAGCUCUCCUGACUUCUAGUCGCAUGUACUCUGUGCCACGAUGCCACCCAGAUGCCAAAAGUGGAGGGCCCUCGAUGUAAAUAUGGAGCAAAAACAAUCAGUCUUACAAAGGAAAUUGAGCAUCCUAAAUUGGUUCAAUGAAGUGGUGGGCCAACUGCCUAUUCUGGUAGAAAAACUAUUUUCUCUGUACUCUAGCAAUGGAGGGAGAAAGAAUGCAGUAUAAUAGAUGGCACUUACUCUGUAUAUGACUGAAUUAAGCAUCCUCCAAAGGUGGUGUAUUUCUACCCACUGGAUAGAAAAGAUCAGAUCAAUUAGCCCCAGCGCUAACCCCAUCCCCCUCUUGAGAUAAACACCAUUGCCCUGCAGCAUCCUGAGAAGGAAUAUGUCAUUGGUGUGAAGCAAUGCCACCUCCCUCCACACCUGCACCCCCUGUAACAUGGACCUAUAACUGUGGGCAGCUCUGACUUGUUAAGAUUUAGUUUGUUCUGUGGUUUAUGUCAUAGACUCUUCAAGUGUUUGUCCUACCCACCUCCAUGAUGUCAGUGUUCCGGGGAGCGGUAACCGUGGCUGGUCUUUCCUCAACUUUGUCCCAGUGAACAAAGUUAUGGUAGACUGGGUAUAUUUUAUUUUACUUUAUUAUUUUUGUUUGUUUGUUUGUUUGUGGGAGGUAAUUAGUUUUACUUACUUAUUUACUUUAUUUAAUGGAGGUACUGGGGAUCGAACCCAUGACCUCAUGCAUGCUAAGCAUGCACUCUACCACUGAGCUAUACUGUCCUCUCCUGGGUAUAUUUGAAAGGUCCAACUGACUCCCAGCUCCUGGCUGCUGACCAUAUUAAGAGAUGGGAGCCAAAAUGCACCUUGAUCACCCCUGGCAUUUUAACAUACAGCUUUAGAAAAUGAGCAGACUGUCAAAGGCCACUUUGGGAAGUCCCCAGUGAGUCUGGAGGUGGAGAAGAGGAGGCGGUGGAAGUUGACAAAAUUCACCUGAAUUCAUUUGAAAGAUUGAAUGCAACAGAAAACCCAAGCAAUGCUCUAAAAAUUGUGAGAGAGACUUACUCCCCUCCCCUCCUUCCUCCCAUUUAAACAUAUUAUAAAACUACUAAAGUUGAAGCUGUGGUUUUGAUACAAGAAUAGACAGACCCAUAAAACAGAAUGGAAAGUUAAGGAAAAACUUGUCUAUAUACAGCAUGUAUCAAAGGUGUUGUAAUAAUUAGAAUAAUGUAUGUUAAGCUGCUAUAACAAAGAAUCCCUGAAAUAAAGUGGCUCAGAUGCAAUACAGAUGUUUUGUUCUCUAACUCAUUACAGCCUAGAAUUGGGUGGGUGGACCCAGGUGGUGGCAGGCAGCUCUGCUCCAUGUGGUCAUCUGGAAACCCAGCUACAUCCAUCUUAUUGUUCUGCCACCGCCCAGGAGACAUCCUCGUCCACGUGGUCAAAGCUGGCUCCCCAGUAGAAGUCUAUAUUUAAGACUAUGGGAAGGGGGAGUAACACUGGAGGGGAAGCAAUUUCCUUAUGAAAAUGACUUUGGGAUUUCGUACCUCACUUCUGCUUACAUCUUGCUGGCCACAACCUAGCACCAAAGGAAACUAGGAAAUAGCGUCUCUAGCUGGAUGGCUAUGUGCCCAGCUAAGGCUCGGGCUCUGUUACUACCGAGAGGAAGAAUGGGGGCAAUCAGCUGUGGUACCGCAGGUGCUACUUUCACUGUUGGGAAAAGGAUGGUUUCUUCAGUAAACGGUGCCGAGGAAAACUAGCUAGCCGUGUAUAAAAAUCAAUUUAGAUAUAUACAAAAAUUAGCUCAAAAUCAUAGACCUAAAUGUAAGAGCUAAAACUGUAAAACCCUUAGAAGAAAACAUAGGAGUAAAUCUUCAUGCUCUUGGGUCAGGCAAUGGUUUCUUAGAUAUGACACUAAAACACAGGUCACAAGAGGAAAAUAGACCAACCGGACAUCAUAGAAAUUAAAAACUGUUGUGCUUCAAAGGACAUUAAAAAAAAAGUGAAAAUACAGCUCACAGAAGUGGAGAAAAGCUUUGCAAAUCAGAUAUCUGAAAAAGAACUUGUAUUGAGAAUAUACAAAAGAACUUUUACGACUCAAAAACAAAAAGACAAAUAACCUAACUUGAAAAUGAGCAAAACCACACUGAGCAGACUUUUCUCCAGAGGAGAUGCGUAAAUAGUCAGCAGGCCAGUAAGCACGUGAAAGAUGCUCAGGAUCGUUAGUCGUUAGGGGAACGCAAAUCAAAACCACAGUAAGACGUCACUUUACACCCACAAAGCCACCUAUGAUCAAAGUGACAGACAAGAACAAGUGUCGGUGAGGAUGUGGAGAAACUGGAGCCCUCAGCUUCUGGUGGGAAUGUAAAACGGUGCGGGCUCUUUGGAAAACAGAUCAGCGAUUCUUCCAAAAGUUAAAUGUAGAGUUACCACGUGACCCAGCAAUGACGCUCUAAGAGAACUGAAAACACACAUCCAUGCAAAGACCUGUACAUGAACGUUCAGAGCAACAUUAUUCAUAAUAGGCAAAAACUGGAAGCAACCUGGAUGCCCAUCAGUUGGUGGACGGAUAAACAAAAUGUGGCGUAUCCAUGCAAUGGAUUAUUGCUUAGCGAUAAAAAGCAAUGAAGAGUUGAUACAUCUGACAUGGACGAGCCUUGAAAACAUGAUGCUGAGUGAAAGAAACCAGACCCAGAGGCCACGUAUUCUAUGAGUCCAUUUAUAGGAAAUGUUCAGAUGAGGCAAGUCCCUAGAGAUAGAAAGUAAUUAGUGGUUACCCAGGACUAGGAAGGGAGCAGUAACAGGGAAUGACUAUAAUGGAUGCAGGGUCUCCUCUUGGAAUGAUGAAAAUGUGCUAAAAGUAGACAGUGGUGAUGGUUGCACAACUCUGAAUAUAUUAAAAAUCACUGACUUGUACAUUUUAA